GAAGUCAGUUGGUGGCAGACCAGCGGAGUGAGAGAGAGAUAGAGAUCGCUGCUGUGCGCGACUCCUGGCCGCGGAACCUGGCCUUCGCUGAAAUAUUAUAGACAAGAAUUGCGUUUUCCCAAGAAUAAGAGGCGUCUAUUGCCAUUGUAAAACUUCGCUCGUCAUCUUCGUAUCAUUUAUAAACCCUGACGUCUCUCCGAAAAUUGGAGGAAACUCGAAAAUUGUGGGUGUUAUCUAUGAAAAGGAAGUGUCAGAGCGUUGAAGUUUCGAUACAGAGGCAUUCUGAACUUGGGAGAAUGAAAAUAUCCCCUCAUUGAAGAGCCACAGAUUCACAAAUAUAUCGUUACUGCCAGAAGUCUGGGUGAGUUCGGACAAGGAAUUCGAGAUCUUAUAGGAUUUCUGGCCGCUUCCCGGAUCCUAGGCGUCCUGCUGUAUAGAUAAGGGGAUAAAAAAGACGAGAAUGAUGUGUGGUUGGACGGUGCUUUUUCUCAUUCUUUCCCUUGCCUGGGCUGACAAAGGAAAUGGACGCGACGAACUGCCAGCUCACAAGAGGCAGUCAGUCCAGUACUCGACCCUGGUUGGCCCUUCCUUCGUAGACACUCAACUGUACGCCCAUGCGCAUGCGCCGAUCGGGCAGACAGCGUAUCUCACCUGCGUCGUGAAAAACCUCCAUAAUUAUACGGUUUCUUGGGUACGAGCGAGAGAUAUUCAUUUGCUAACUGCAGGAGAAACUACGUACACUUCGGACAACAGAUUCGUGGCUGUAAACCCGGGUGGCGGAGACCAGUGGAUGCUGCGAAUACAUCACGCACAGCCAUCUGAUGCUGGCACUUACCUUUGUCAGGUGUCUGUCAGCCCUCCAAUGUCAACCUCCGUUACUUUGUUAGUCACACAAGCUGUAGCAAACAUUCGACCGGGGGCGGAAGUGUAUUUGAAAGCCGGAAGUCGGGUGGUCCUCGUUUGCGAAGUAUUCGGGUGUCCAUACCCCGCCUUACCUGCCUGGUACAGGGGACAGCAGCUCCAAGACGGCACGGAGACUGAAGAAGGUCGCGUUCAAGUAACAUCUCCCCCAACAACCAAACAGCCCUCGUCGACUCCGGCGCCUUCUGACAACUUCUCGGGCGCUGUUGCCGAUGAUCUCCUUCCUCAGAGCCAUCCAAGAUUCAAACCCUCUAAACAUUCCCACGGCGGACGCUAUCACCUAACAGAGACAAGUACCGAGUCUUCUCCUCCGAAUACAAUGGAUACGACGAGCACGAUCAUACCUCCCGUAGGCUUGCCCUUUGCCAAGUCAACCUUCAUACGAGCUAAAGCAUCAGCGGUCCAUUCAGGGGUGUAUACUUGUACCAAUACCUGCACCAAUUCUGUCAAUCUGACUCUGCAUGUUCUCACAGGAGACGAAGAAACGGCAGCCAUGCAACACCCAAAUGGUUCGCUGGGACUGUUCGCUCUCUCCGAAGUCGUCUGUUUCUUGACCAUCCUUGCGUCCAACGCAAGAGCAGUGCUCUUCUGAGAUGCAGUCGCCACCGGAGUAUAAUUGUUGAGAUUUAUAAUGGAGGUAUACAUCAAAUUUCCUCUUUUAUAAGACUACAAGUUACCACGUCGCUUUAGUGUAUUCAGAAACUGACUCGUUCAUUUCAGGUAGAUGAUGCUUUUCCAUUUUAUGAGAGUAUGUUACCAAGUUGUAAAUCAUCAAGCAAUUGUGCUUUGGAUUCGAAAGAUCCAGAAAGCAUUUUGGAUUAACUGUAAAAUGUAGCACACCUAAAUAAUGUUUCGAUUCUAAUGUAAUUUAUGGUUCUAAGAACACUAGGAUUUCUACUUUAACUUCACAUUUUAUAUCAAUGUUUUUUAUAAAAGAUGUAUGUGUUAAGCAUCAUUAA